AUGGCUAUAAUUUUUGAAACUAUAUCAAUAAAACUUACAAAUAUUUUGGAAAAAUGUGACGAGCAACUUGUCUCUGCAUUGCCCCAUGUAGUCUUCAGCAGUUCAUCUUCCAUGUCCAGCAGCUAUUCUCCAGGCUAUGCCAAACUCAAUAAAAGAGGGGGGUUUCAGAGCCUUCGCUCCCGCCUGUGUCCGCCUCCGCCCGUGUCUCCACCAGCACCUGCACUCCGAGUCCUCGCUCAGAGUCCCACUGACAUCCUGGAUGAUUCUGGUACCACUUACAAGUUAGAGGAACCAUUGGGAGUGCUUGUUCUUCUGGACCUAAUAGAGAUCAAUGAGGAAAAACGGUUUGCUGAUGGACAAAUGAUAGGAAUACUUGAAGGAAGCAAAUCAAUGAUGAGAAAUUAUUUUGGUAAUAGAAUGCUUCAGGGUCCAGACAAGGCAUUUCCAGGAAAUAUAAACUCUGAUGGUGUGGUCCGACAUGAUUUGCAGCAUCCAGUCAUUGCACGAUAUGUUCGCAUAGUGCCCUUAGACUGGAAUGGAGAAGGUCGGAUUGGGCUGAGAAUUGAAGUCUAUGGCUGUUCUUAUUGGGCCGAUGUUAUCAAUUUUGAUGGCCAUGUUGUACUACCCUACAGAUUCAAGAAUAAGAAGAUGAAAACUCUGAAAGAUGUCAUUUCUUUGAAAUUUAAAACCUCAGAGAGUGAAGGGGUAAUCUUCCAUGGAGAAGGACAGCAAGGAGAUUAUAUUACCUUGGAACUGAAAAAAGCCAAGUUGGUCCUCAACUUAAACCUGGAUUUAGAGUUUCAGGAAACCUGCAAAGUCCUCCAGCCCCAGUGGUACCAAACUCAAAUUGAAAUGGAGAUAACCUUUGGAGGUCUGCCAUUUUCUGGGAAGCCAAGUUCCAACAGUAGAAAGAAUUUUAAGGGAUGCAUGGAAAGCAUUAACUACAAUGGAAACAAUAUUACUGAUCUUGCAAAGAGGAAGAAAUUAGAGCCUUCCAGUGUGGGAAAUUUAAGUUUUUCUUGUGUGGAGCCACAUACAGUCCCUGUGUUCUUCAAUGCCACAAGUUACCUGGAGGUACUUGGCCGCCCCAACCAAGACCUAUUUUCAGUGAGUUUCCAGUUCAGGACGUGGAAUCCCAAUGGCCUCCUGCUCUUUAGCAAUUUUGCUGAUGGUUUAGGGAAUGUGGAGAUUGACCUCACAGAGAGCAAAGUUGGUGUCCGUAUCAACAUUACGUUAAACAAAAAGAAUCAAAUCGACAUUUCCUCAGGCUCUGGGUUGAACGAUGGACAGUGGCAUGAAGUUCGAUUUCUAGCCAAAGAAAAUUUUGCUGUCCUCACCAUUGAUGGGGAUGAAGCAUCAGCAGUUCGAACUAACAGUCCUCUUCAGGUUAAGACAGGAGAGAAGUACUUCUUUGGAGGUUUUCUUACACAGAUGAAUACCUCAGAUCACUCUGUACUUCAGGCUUCAUUCCAGGGGUGUAUGCAGCUCAUCCAGGUGGAUGAUCAGCUUGUCAAUUUGCAUGAAAUAGAACAAAGAAAGCCAGGCAGCUUUGCUAAUGUCAGUAUUGACAUGUGUGCCAUUAUAGAUAGAUGUGUGCCCAAUCACUGUGAGCAUGGUGGUAAAUGCUCCCAAACCUGGGACAGCUUCAAGUGCACUUGUGAUGGGACAGGAUACAGCGGGGCCACCUGCCAUAACUCUAUCUAUGAACUCUCCUGUGAAGCUUAUAAACACCUGGGCAAAACUUCCAAUUUUUACUGGAUUGAUCCUGAUGGCAGUGGAGCUCUGGGGCCUCUGAAAGUUUACUGCAACAUGACAGAAGAUAAAGUGUGGUCAACUGUAAAUCAUGACUUGCAGAAGCAGACUCCUGUGGUCGGCUCUGGCCCAGAAAAAUACUCAGUGGUACAGCUCAAUUAUAGUGCCUCCAUGGAUCAAAUCACGGCCAUCACCAGCAGUGCAGAGUAUUGUGAGCAGUUCGUCUCCUAUUCUUGCAAGAUGUCGAGGUUGUUGAACACUCCAGAUGGAAGCCCUUAUACCUGGUGGGUUGGAAAAGCCAAUGAAAAGCAUUACUACUGGGGUGGUUCCGGACCUGGGAUCCAGAAAUGCGCGUGUGGCAUUGAACGUAACUGUACUGAUUCCAGAUACUACUGUAACUGUGAUGCUGACCAUAAACAGUGGAGAAAGGAUGUUGGUUUGUUAUCCUACAAAGAUCAUCUGCCUGUGAGCCAGGUGGUAGUUGGUGACAUCGACCGACCCGGAUCUGAAGCCAAACUGACCGUGGGCCCAGUCCGCUGCCAAGGAGACCGAAACUACUGGAAUGCUGCCUCAUUCUUUACACCAUCAUCCUACCUUUACUUCUCCACUUUCCAAGGGGAAACAAGUGCUGACAUCUCUUUCUACUUUAAAACUUCAGCUGCUGAUGGAGUGUUUCUGGAGAAUCUGGGAAAUACAGAUUUCAUCAAACUUGAACUGAAAUCUGCCACCGAGGUGUCCUUCUCCUUUGAUGUUGGAAACGGGCCAGUGGAGAUUGUCGUUAGGUCUCCCUCGCCACUCAAUGAUGACCAGUGGCAUCGGGUCAUUGCCGAGAGAAACGUCAAGCAGGCAAGUCUGCAGGUGGACCAGUUGCCACAACAGGUGCGAAAGGCACCUACAGAAGGUCACACACGCCUAGAGCUUUACAGCCAGCUGUAUGUAGGUGCUGCAGGAGGCCAGAGGGGAUUUCUGGGUUGCAUCCGCUCCCUCAGGAUGAAUGGAGUGACUCUUGAUUUGGAAGAAAGAGCAAAAGUCACUCUAGGAGUGAAGCCAGGAUGCUCAGGCCAUUGCACCAGCUAUGGAAUGUACUGUGAGAAUGGAGGCAAAUGUGUGGAGAAGUACAAUGGUUAUUCCUGUGAUUGCUCCAAGACCGCCUACGAUGGACCAUUUUGCAUAAAAGAUGUUGGAGCUUUUUUUGAAGAGGGAAUGUGGCUACGGUAUAACUUCCAGGCACCAGGAAUCAAAGAUGGCGCUAGUCGAAGUGGGAACUCUGUUGACUCCCAGAACCUGACACCAGACCUGGCCAAGGAAGAGCUCAGUUUUAGCUUCAGCACCACCAAGGCUCCCUGCAUCCUCCUCUAUGUCAGCUCUCAUACUCCAGACUUUGUAGCGGUUCUUGUUAAGCCAUCUGGAAACUUACAGAUUCGGUACAACCUGGGAGGCACCAAAGAGCCAUAUAAUAUUGAUGUAGACCACCGAAACAUGGCAAAUGGACAGCCUCACAGUGUUAACAUCACCCGUAAUGAAAAGGACAUAAUUCUCCAGCUUGAUCAUUAUUCUCCAGUGAGCUACAGCCUGCCAAGUUCAUCUGACACUCUGUUCAAUUCUCCCAAGUCUCUCUUUCUAGGAAAAGUGAUAGAAACAGGGAAGAUUGAUCAAGAAAUACACAAGUACAACACACCAGGAUUCACUGGGUGCCUCUCCAGAGUACAGUUCAACCAGAUUGCUCCUCUCAAAGCAGCCUUGAGGCCAACAAACGCCUCUUCUCAAGUCCACAUUCAAGGGGAACUGGUGGAAUCCAACUGCGGAGCUUCCCCCUUGACCAUCCCCCCCAUGUCUGCUGCCACUGAUCCUUGGCACUUAGAUUCAGCCAGUGCUGACUUUCCAUAUAAUGCAGGACAAGCUAUAAGAGAUGGCGUUAACAGAAAUUCAGCAAUUAUCGGAGGGGUCAUUGCUGUGGUGAUCUUCACCAUUCUCUGCACCUUAGUAUUCCUCAUCCGCUACAUGUUCCGUCACAAGGGCACCUACCAUACCAAUGAAGCCAAGGGAGCAGAGUCUGCAGAGAGCGCCGAUGCCGCCAUCAUGAACCACGACCCAAACUUCACAGAGACCAUUGAUGAGAGCAAAAAAGAGUGGCUUAUCUGA